UCUGGCUUUCGCCCACCAGCCGAGAGCCGACGACAACGAUGGCCUGGCUAGAGACCCUGGCGCGCUUCCGCCUCGCCGAGUUCGCUACGAGCACGCUCAUGCUCGUCAUCUCGCUCAUCAUCUCGCUCGCGGGCCUCUAUCAACGCGACCUCCUCGUUGUCGCCAUCCCACUCGACGAUGGCAAGACCGUGUUCGUGCGCGACCCGAGCGUGAACCUCCCCAAGCUCGACCAGCAAGUGCCCAUGUACUUGGCCGUCAUCCUCUCGUAUGGCAUCCCCGUGCUUGUCCACGUGCUGCUGCAGUGCAAGCAGCGCAUCGCCCACGACACGCGGGACUUUUUCCUCUCGCUCUUCGUCUCGUCGGCCAUUUGCCAGCUCGCGACCAACAUCAUGAAGAACCUCGCGGGCCGGUUCCGCCCGAGCUUCUACUCGAUGUGCAAGUGGAACACGUCGGUGGUCUGGGACGGCGUCACCAACCUCUGCACCGACAAGCACGGCGAGACCGAGGGCCGCAAGUCGUUCCCGUCGGGCCACGCGUCAACGGCGUUCUCGACGCUCUUCUUCCUCAGCCUCUACCUCCUCGGGCGCUUCCACGUCGUCGCCCUUCACAAGUACAGCGCAACAUCGACGGCCGGUCGCCACUUCCUCGCCAACGUCAAGUUUUUCAUCGCCUUCUUGCCCACGGUCCUCGCGAUCUGGAUUGCGGUCACGCGCUCGAUGGACAACUGGCACCACUACUCGGACAUUGCGGCUGGCGCGUUCAUUGGUAUCGUCUCGGCGGUGCUUGGGUAUGCGUACAACUACGCGUCGCUCUUCAAGUACAAGUCGUCGGGCCUCCCCCUCGAGACGUACCACGAGCAAAAGAUUGCCAAGAGCGACUCGCACGAGGCGCCGCUCACGGCUGCGUAAUACAGACACGCCGACACUUCUCGUAAACGCUUCUAAAGCAUACUGCUCCCUA